AUGCAGUGUGAAGCGAUCAAUGAGACACGACAGACAACAUUCACUCUAAAGGGAAAUGUGCGCUGCUGUCUACAGCCUUUCCUCAGCCGGCACAUCUCCCAUCGAGGAGGAGCAGGGGAGAAUCUUGAAAACACCAUGGAAGCUUUUAAGCAUGCUGUGGAUGUGGGCACGGACAUGCUGGAGCUCGACUGUCACCUGACUAAAGACCAGGAGGUGGUGGUGUCCCAUGAUGCCAACCUUCAGAGGGCCACUGGGAUCAACGCCUACAUCUGUGACAUGGCCUACAAAGAGCUGCCGUCAUACGUGAGGAACCUGGAAGUUACAUUUCAAAGAGAGUGUUAUUGUGCAGGCGGAGAUGAUCAAAGGAUCCCUCGUCUGCAGGAUGUUUUUGAUGCUUUUCCCAAUACUCCAGUUAACAUUGACAUCAAGACUAACAAUGACACCCUCAUUAAGAAGGUGUCUGACCUUGUAAUGAGGUACGACAGAGAGGAUCUAACCGUUUGGGGCAAUGCCAGUAACAAAGUAACUAAGAAGUGUUACAAAGAGAACCCACGUAUCCCAGUGUUGUUUAGUUUCCCCAGAGUAUUGCAAUUGUUGGGACUUUUCUACACAGGCCUUCUACCUUUUGUUCCACUCAAAGAACAGUUCCUAGAGAUCCCCAUGCCGUCCAUCAUCACAAAGAUGAAGGAUCCCAGUGGCUUAACUCGAAGUCAAAGAUUUAUUAUCUGGUUAGCGGAUACCUUACUGAUGAGAAAAGCCCUGUUUAAACAUCUGACUGCAAGAGGAAUACAGGUGUACGUCUGGGUGCUGAAUGAUGAGGAGGACUUUCAGAGGGCAUUUGACUUGGGAGCCACAGGAGGCCACAGAAGAGCAGAGCAAACUAUCCUUGGAAGGAAUGAGAAAGGAGCUUUAAGAUUGGCACUGCACAAGAGAAGCAGGAGGAGCGACGUCUUCUUGCUACGCGGUGAUCUGUGUUUUCUUCCAUCAAAGGUGUGUGCCUCCCACCCCAGCGCCCACCACGGCCCUCACCUGUGUGUUGCGGUGCUUUCCUUAAUGACGCGCUCCAAGACCUUUCAGGCCUACCUGCCCAGCUGCCAUCGGACGUACAGCUGCAUCCACUGCCGAGCUCACCUGGCCAACCACGACGAGCUCAUCUCCAAGUCCUUCCAGGGCAGCCAGGGCCGGGCCUAUCUGUUCAACUCAGUAGUGAAUGUGGGGUGCGGUCCUGCGGAGGAGAGGGUCUUGCUCACGGGACUGCACGCUGUAGCCGAUAUUUACUGUGAGAACUGCAAGACCACCCUCGGCUGGAAAUACGAGCACGCCUUUGAGAGCAGUCAGAAAUACAAAGAGGGAAAGUUCAUCAUCGAGCUGGCUCACAUGAUCAAGGACAACGGCUGGGACUGA